AUGGAGAACAGAGGCCGGUGUAAGCCGCCAACUGCCGCCCUAUAUCGGAGCCCUGGAACCCUUCCCCGGCGCCAACUCCUGCUCCUCUUUAAACAAGGUGGCAUUCAUCAACAAGUCAUCGUGACUUUGAAACCUGGUAUGGCACACUGGACCAACGUCAGAGAAAAUACCCCAUUCACAUGGGCCGGGCAAUCGGCCGACGACCCUUUCAGUCAGCAAUGGGCAAGCCAUAAUGGUCCUUCUGCUCAGCCCACCGGGCCCGCCGACUUGCUCAGUACCGACACCCCGAGGAACCUCGAGUCCCUGAUCAAGGACUUCAACGACGAGCUUCAGAAUAAUUUUCAGCCAGGCAGUGCUUCUGGUCAGCCGUCCUCUUGCCGGUCUGUCGACGGUGCGGGGACAGACCAGACCGACCUCCCUUUCGACCUUGUCAUUGACAAUGACAUCGACCUCGACGCGGCUAAACCAACAUCGUCCGAGCUGGCCCGAACAAGCAGCCAGGCGAGUUCUUCCGGCGUUGAUGAGGAGGAAUCUGUCAGUUUCAGCCAUGCCGGCGACUUUAACGGUGUAGGCUUCGAUGAUAGCUUUGGCCAUGGCUUCUUCAGCGGCAUCAACAGCCCGAGCACCACUUUCUCCGAUGCUAUUCUAUCCACAAACCCCUCUCUGGAGAAUAGCCCCCCCAUCAUUACUAGAUGCCCAUAUCUCAUCAUGCAGGCAGAUAAUCAUGUUUCUGGGGCUUCAUCGGCGACUGCGGCCAACACCCCCCAGUCAUCCAUAAUCGGUAUCGAUGAUGCUAUUUCAGACAUUGGCUUUGCUACUGCAGACACACCUAGAAGCGUUCCAGGGCCCCAUGUCAGUGCCUUAUCAACGGGGUUGGCGAAUCAAAGUCCAUUUUCGGCCACCUUGAGUCCUCCGUCGCCAUAUUUUGAUCGAUUUGAUUCCGAUAUGGGGGAGGACAGGGUUGCCGAUUUGGAUUCUUUGAUGUGGGACACUCCAUCGUCGUCCGGAGGAUUUAUCCCAUAUAGCGAGAGUCAAUUGGGCCCUUCCUUGGUGGUUGUACCUCCCGACAUGUCCGAUGUCCACAUGAGCGACUUUGGCGAAUGCACAAGUCCCGACGCACCUUCAUCCUCCCAGACACAUCCCAUCGACUAUUACCUCACGGAAAUAUACACCCCGCCUCUAUUGACACAGCCCCGGAGCGUUCCAAACACAGCGGUGCCACCGAACCCUGCAACGGCCGCGGCGGGCCAACUGUUGGUCCCGGACAGAAGACGUAGGAGACGAUCAGACCCGGUCCGAAUCGAUGCGGCCAUCAGAGGACAGGCACCUAGGCUUCAACCAACCAUUCAUGGCGCUAGUUCUGUAUUGCCACGCAGAAGCCCCGUUCAACGUGCCACGGCCCAGUUCCUGUCCGUUUCUGGCGGUACUCACUUCCAAAGAUUGCGUCCGUCCGAACCGCCGAGGAGACCAGGUGUGACGGAGCCCAUGCCCAUCAUGGUCCACCUAAGAAGGUUAAGCAACAGCAGUAGCAGCAUAUCCUCCGAUACACAAAACCUAGUGGGCCGGCCCGGUCGAUCAGGCCCGGCUCGCGGACGCCGUCAUGGCCCGAUGGAUCCGGUCUCUCGUGGGCAAGCCAAGGAGACGCGGAACAAGAAGAUGGUUUGUAUUCGCUGCAAGCAAUCCAAGCAGAAGUGUAAGAGAAGCGACGAUUCCUCAGAUGGCUCUUGUAUCGGGUGCGACAGACAUGGCGGUUCGCAAAGAUGGCCAGGACCUUGCGUCCGAGCACAUUUUGAGGAUCUCAUUCAAGCCGGAACUUGCAAUUACAUCUCACAACACGCCAUCUAUCACCCGACCCUCAAUGGCAAGACACGCAUCCGCAGAGAGCUUCCUAAACAUAUCCAAAUCGACAACCUCAUACACAGGUUAGAUUGUGUGCGAAAUCAGUUCAAUAUCCGAGUUCACCAAAAAGGUCGGUCCAUUUACGUGCUUGAUCUCGAUUCAUGUCACGAGUAUCUGCUAGGACUCAGGCAGCAGAUGGACGGCAGCGAGUGCAGCUUCCAGGGCUUCAUCGACCGAGAAAUUCUGCGUGUCGAUCCGAAGACGGACGACUGGGAGCGGUGCAUGACGCAGGUGACGACGUCCCGGGACGACCUGCUCGCCCUUCUUUGUCUCGUCAACAACAUGCCCAGCCGCGCCAGCUUUUCCUACGUCGUGAAGCAGCAGUUCACGUCGCUGGGGACACCGGUGGAGGGGCCCAUGAACGUGGAGAACCCCCAAGAGACGGACAACCUCAUCCUCGCGGCCCAACUCUCCAAGAUCAUCUGCCGCAAGCUUGAAGUCAAGGCCUAUGGGCAGCUGCAACGUCUCCUGCACGAGUCGGGCACCAUGGACGACGACAAGGUGCUGCCGUUCCUACAGAGGCUCGGCCGCAUCCUCCUGACACUGCGCUGGCGGCUCUCCUGGUGGGCCGUGGUUCCCGGAGACGCAACUGCCGCCGCCGUGUUCGACCAGACGGACAACGCCAGAAAACAGGCUGUAUACGCGCGGGUGCAGUCGUUGUGCCGGAUUCUCUACUUUUACUACUGCAGUGUUCGCAGACGAUUGCCGGUGUGGACGAACAUUGAGGCGCUGAGCGGCAUUCGCUCAAAGUACCCCGACACCGAGGCUGAGGUUUGGGACGAUUUUCCUGGUAAUGAGUGCAUCGAGGGAUUCGAGGCGUGGAUGGAGCAAGGCAAGAGGCUCAUCGACCAAGCUGGGGUUUUGAAUCGACUACGCUCGAUGGGCUUGACGGCGUGA